UUAACAACAAUAAUAACAGAAUUAGAAACUUCUUCCUUUUUCUCUCUCUCUCUUUUUUCUUUAUUUUUCUCUUCUUUAUUUUCUUUCUUGCCAAACAAGUGUAUUACAAAAAUCAACAUGAUGGUAUCAGAGUGAUGAUAGUAGGAUCCUGAGGACUCGAUAAUGACAGAUUGCUUAAAUUCAAUCAUGGCCAACGAAGUUGCAAGUCAAGGUGAAAAAAUUUUCUCAGAAGAGCUAUAUGAAUCUUUGAUUACUGUUUCUCCGUUUCCUAGCAUUCUUAUCAAGCUAGAUAAUGAAAAUUACUUGAUUUGGAAAUCACAUAUUCUACCAAUUCUUAGAGGUCAUAAACUUGACAAAUUUGUUUUGUGUGAUGAGCCAAUUUUUCUGCAAACAUUUGUUGAUUCUGAUACGGAGGUUACUGAAGAAAACCUAAUCCUUUAUUCAUUUAAGCAACAAAUUUGGAUCUUACAAGAUCAGUUCCUAGACGGUUGGUUAAUUUUUGCAAUCAUUGUGAGUGAACUUGGGGACAUUGUUGGUCUUCGUACUUCAAGGAGAAUCUGGAUCACAAUUACUUAAACUUAUGCCCCUAAAUCUGAAAUUAUUAUCCUUCAGCUUCGAAAUCAGUUACAGACAAUGAAGAACGGCUCAAUGAAAGUCAUUGAUUACUGCAAGAGGAUGAAAAGAAUUGUUGAUCAGAUGAUUGCUGCUAGGUUUGUUUUCUCAGAAAAAGAAUUGGUAAUGUGCAUCUUGAUAGGCCUCCAACCUGAGUAUGAGAUAGUUUAUACAAAUUAUACUAGUCGACCUCCUCUUCCUAAUCUUCAAGAGGUAAAAAGCUAUUUGGUGCGUUAUGAAUCCAAGAUUGAACAAAAUAAUUCACUGACAAUUUUCAAUUCUACAAAUUUAGCUUCUGCAUUCAAUACUCAAAUGUAAUUGGUUAACUCUGCCUCUAAGUUGCCUAAUUCUUCCUCUGCUAUACCUUCUAACACUUUAAACAGUAUGCAAAAUUCUGAAUAUGUUCUGAAUGAUCACAUGUGUGAUAAUGGGAGUUAUGGAAGGAAUUAUUAUAAUGAUCAUCGAGGGAGGUUUUAUGGUAGAGGUCGUGGCAGAGGCAGAGGUGGAAGGUUCUUUAAACCAAGGUGCCAAAUCUAUGACCAAAUAGGACACACUGCAAAACUUUGCUAUUAUAACUCUGGGAGCUUUGUCUUUCAUAAUGCUGGUUUGCCAAGUAAUGUUGGUUUUCAGAAUGCUUUUGGUCCCACUCAAAGUCAUCUUGUUCAGCUUGCUUUCACUCCCAUUAGUGGUGUCUUUGGACCAUACUCUAGUAAAGUUAAUUUCAAUUCUGGUCGUGUGCCCUGUCAGUUUCACUCUCCUAAUUUUGCUGGCUCAUAUUUACCACCAGGGAACUGUGGUGAUUCGAUGGUUGGUUUUCAAGGAGGAAUUGAUUAUGUAAAUCAACAAGGGAUCAGACAAGUUUCACCUACUGGUCUUGGUUCCUCAAAUGUGAAUUGUGCCUUGCCUAUGAUGCUAGGUUCAAGUGAGCAUCCCAACAGUACUGUCAAUAGUGCUGUGAACAGUGGCAUUUCUGGUGAUGGUCGAGUUUCAGUCAAUUAUACAGUCACACCAGUUUUGAUUGGAGACCCCAACUGGUAUCUUGACAGUGAAGCAACAAAUCAUGUUAUUUCCAAUAGUCAUAACUUGUCUCACCAAGUUGAAUAUAUUGGCAAAUAAGUUUCUUGUUCGAAAUGAACAAGGUCUUGACAUCAGAGGACAAGCAGAGUGGGAUCAUAGUUCUCAAAGGAGGCUUAUACAAGCUGUAAAUUCCUUAUUCCAGUUUAGGAAGGAGGUCUUUAACUACAGUACUCAAGACUAAUGAAGUCUGUGAAGAUCAAGCCUAUAACAAGCUAGUUUCUGUUUCCGCUAAGAAUACUUCUCUAUGUGUUUUGUCUGGUGUUUUGCAUUCUAAUGAUCAAGAUUCUACAGUUAGUAGUUAAAAUAUAGUUAGUAGUCAAAAUAAAGCUGUAUGUAAUAAUGAACAUAUUUCUGUUACUUAUGAUUGCAAUUCUUGCAAAAGUAUUGAUAGUAUUGACAACUUACAAGUUGCUAAUACAGCUGCUAUUCAGUUGGAAGUGUUGCAUCAAAGAUUAGGUCAUGCAUCAUCUUCUGUCAUAAAGAAGGUGAUUUCUUUGUACAAACCGAAAUUACAAUUCAAUAAAAAUUCAGUUUUCUAUGAGGCAUGUCAGUAUGGAAAAAAUCAUAUGUGUACUUUUCCUUUAUCUGAUACUCGAGCCAAGUUUCCACUUAAGUUACUUCAUAUUGAUAUU